CAAUUCUUUUCAGCGGUUUUGGCCACUUCCGCAGUUCCGCUCUUUAGGACGCCUUCGCCGUGCCAUGAACAGCAGUACCUCGUGGAAACCCUAAAACUUCAGCUCUUCCACCCGAUCAAGGGGAAGUUAAAAAAAGGAGGGACAUUGAUAGAAAUAGGGAGAGUUGCAGGAAACCCUACAUAGCCAGAGCUCAGCGUCAUCCGUUAAGAACCCUAGAAAUUGGUCUGCCUUAGCAAGGUUCAAGUUGAGGAUCCCCGCUGAGCUAACCGUCGUUCGCUUCAUCUUGUUUUCUCCUUUAGCUUCUUAGUUCUAUCUAGGUGACAACUGACAAUGAAGACGGUUUCAGGGUCGUUAGUCUCUUCCAAGCCGAUCUCCCUCUCAAAAGCAGCUUCAGUUUUGUCCUCUUUUGUCUCAGCCGAGACCGGAGCUUCGCAAGCUGUUUCCGCGUACCUGAGGCGUGCCUCUGAUGCCUUCAACGAGCUGGUUCAGUUCCAUAGAGAACUUAAAGCUGGACGAUCCGAACGAAAACGCAAGAAAGAACGUCUGGAGAUAGCAGAUAACGGAAACCUAACUGACGCCGAAAUAAAUCUCAGAGAGAAUGGACCUACCGUUGAGCGAGGUCGAAUUCUUAAUUUGGGCGAAGAGCAGAGUCACAGGUAUCGCGGGAAUUCUGAAGGAGGGAGUUUCGAUGGUGAGGAAAGGGGAAAACGGGUAAAGAAUAAGAAGAUAAGUGAUUCCAUUGACUAUUGUCCUGAAGUCGAGGAUAGAGAAGGAAGAGAUGAUGUACAAAUUGCUGAGGAAAAAAGAAAGGAGAAAAAGAAGAGGAAAAAGGCCGAGGUCGAAGAUGAUGGACGAGUAGAUGGUUCAGAAGAGCGGCAUAUCAGGAUAAAAAAGAAGAAGAGGAAGCACGAAACUGAGGAAUAGUUGCGGAUAAAUGAUGUUGUUGUUUCUCUGCUGUGAGUUGGGAGUUGGGAUCAGGAUGGAAGCUAUGCUAUUUGGAAACAAUCUAUUCUCGAAGUGUUUUGGGUACUUUUCGAGGGCUUCACCUAAAAUUUUCCGAUUGUAAUUCUUAGCAAAUUUCUUCCUUGUUUUUGGUUUAACCUGUCAUUACGGGAUAUUUUGUCACUUAAGUUACAAAUUGGAGUAUGAUUUUCUUUUCUCUCGGCGUUUAUCAUAUAUUUCAUUACCAA